ACGAGCCUGGCCGUGUUGUUAGUGUGUUGGCAGCAAAACAACAUCAACACCAGAGUCCGAGGCCCAGGUUGCACGGAGGGAACGCUGACCACGAUUUCCCCGAGCAUUUGCGUCUGAUCGGAGCAGCGAGGCGAGGAUGUGGUCCUUAUUCUCCCGUGAUCCAACAAGCUCCUUCGGCUAUGAAAUCGGAGAGGCGGUGGAGCACACGAGAGCGGUGUGGAAGAUGCACCGCGGCAAGAAAAAGCAAAAUGGAGAUGAAGUGAGUGUGUUUAUAUGUGAGGGCACUUCAGCGCAACUUGACAUAGCAAAAGCAGCCGUAAAGAGGUUGAAAACUCUCCGUCAUCCCUGUAUACUCACUUACGUCGAUAGUCUUGAGAAUGAAAAAUUGGUGUACUUGGUGACUGAGCCAGUGACACCACUCCUGACUUGGUUGAAAGACAGUGCCCUCAGUCCAUCACAUCGCACCAGUGCCGUGUCCUGGGGGCUCCUGCAAGUAACAAAAGGCCUCAGCUUUCUGAACAAUGACGGAAAACUGAUACACUAUAAUGUAUGUGGAAGCAGUGUCUUUGUGACGCCAGGUGGAGAAUGGAAGCUUGGGGGGGUAGAGUAUGCCAGCUCAGACAGCUCCAUGUUUCCUGUCAAAGUGCUGCCAGAGCUUGAGAUUUAUAACCCGCCGGAGAAGAUGAAUCCGUCAAAAAUGAGAACAACGACCAUGUGGGCAGCUGAUAUGUGGGGGCUCGGAUGCCUGAUCUGGGAAGUGUUCAAUGGGCUUCUAGACGAAUCUUUUUCUCUCAAAAGCACGCAGAAGUUGCCAAAGAGCCUGAUUGAAACCUACACGAAGUUAGUCGGGGCAAACCCUGGAACGAGACCAAAUCCUAGGGACGUUGUCGAGGAUCUCCGCAAGCCUGGGCAGUUCUUCCGGAAUGAUCUUAUUGAAACUCUCCUCUUCUUGGAGGAGAUUCAUUUAAAGGACGCAAAUGAGAAGCACAAGUUCUUUGCUAAUUUGACUCCAAAGCUCGAAAACAUUCCCAACUACAUUGCAACUAACAAGAUUUUGCCGACUGUGAUAUCUGCCCACGAGUUUUCCAAUGUGGGAUCAGUAGUAUUAAGCCCCCUUUUUAAGAUAGGUAAGUUACUAGGCGAGGCUGAGUAUCAGCGGCAGAUUCUCCCAACGGUAGUGAAGCUGUUCUCGUCCAGCGACCGGGCCACCAGACUAAAGCUCCUCCAGCAGAUGGAAAGCUUAGUGGAGUACAUGGACCCAAAGACUGUGAAUGACCAGGUGUUCCCCCAACUUGCCACAGGCUUUUCGGAUUCCAAUCCCACAAUCCGCGAGCAGACUGUGAAGUCUAUAAUGUUCUUGGCUCCAAAACUUAAUUAUAAUAACCUGAAUAUCGAAGUCUUGAAGCAUUUUGCCCGCCUGCAAUUGAAGGAUGAACAGGGAGGAAUUCGUACCAACACUACAGUAUGUUUAGGAAAAGUGGCUCAGUACUUGCAUCCAGAUAUCAGACAAAAGUGCCUGACGUCGGCCUUCACACGAGCCAUGAGGGAUCCUUUCCCUCCGGCACGAAUAGCAGGAAUUAUGGCCAUCGCAGCCACACAGCAAUAUUAUCCUCUUCAAGAAGUAGUUAGCAAAAUCCUUCCUAGCCUUUGCCACCUGACCCUAGAUCCUGAAAAAUCAGUUCGAGAUGCCGUUUUCCGAGUGCUAAAGGGCUUCCUCAGCAAGGUUGAGAAAGUAUCAGAGGAUCCAUCACUCAAGGAAGUUAUGGAGGCUGAAGUGAAGAGUGCUUCCAGUAGUUCACAGACAACAUGGACAGGCUGGGCAGUUGGUGCUAUUACUUCCAAGUUCUAUAAGACAUCCAGUGGAGCUCAGCCACAGAAGCAGGCUUCCACCUCGUCAUCUGGCACUGUUACUCCAUCCACCAAAACAAGCAGUGUGGCUUCCACUCCCUCCCAAGGUCGUGCUUCCAGCAACACGCCAAACAGUGCUGCUCCAAAUGAAGACGACAAAUCGGAUUAUGAAGACUGGGAAAAUUCUGAGUGGCAGAGUAUGGAUGAUGGCAUAAACACAAAACCACGUCAGUCCCCUGUCGCAGUGCAGAAAUCCCCUACUGUGUCUGAAGCUUUGGCUGAUGUUGGUGAUAUGGAUGGUGGGGAUGGCUGGGGGGACGACACUGAAGAGUGGGGCAGUCUAGAGGAUACCCAGCACGGGGACAGCCUUGGUGGAGGUGAACUUGAGCCAGAGUCGAAGUUCAAAUCUACAGCUUCCUACAACUGGGAUUCUACAGGACCGACUGAGGACAGUGAUGACUUUUUCUCCUCGCUGGUUGGUGGUAAUGAGGGAAAGUUUGGAAGCGUGUCCCAGAGAUCUACAGCUAUUUCAUCGCAGAGUACAACUAGUACCGGUUGGGACGAUUGGGAUGGGAAAUCACCAACAGAGUCUAGUAGCAUUGGCGGUAAUUAUAAGGGUGACGAUCAGCGGCGGCUCCGGGAAGAGAAGCGCCUACAGAGGCAGAAGGAGAUCGAGGCGAAGAGAGCAGCUCGCGCGGGACCCAUGAAACUAGGUGCUAAAAAGAUCUAGAGUUUCAGGAUGCAAACUUCAACAUUACGGACCAAAGUUUUUGUUUGAAACCUUUUUUUUCUUUCUUUCUUUUUGUUUUUUGUGUUGUUGUGUUUGGGCUUUUGAAUAGGAGGUAUGGAUAUAAUUAUGGCAUUAAAUAUAGAGCCUUCUGCACAAGGUGCUUAGAGUUAAGUUGAGAAAUAUUUGCCGAAUAGUGCUGGCACUUUCAAUAAAGUCCGACAGGAUACACUUGUUUAUUUCUCUCGGCAAAAUAAUUUUCUUAGAGUUUUCUUAUCACAGGAUUUUGCCCUUCCUUAUCACAACAUACUUGAAGGUUAUAAAAAAGUCUUCGUCUCAUCAGCAAUGGGAAGGAAGUAUUGUUGUUACUGUUAUUGUUGGUAAUAAGCUAUAAUAGUAAUUUGAAUUAUAUGUUUUUUUUUCUUGUUCAAACAUAGAUGCCUUAUAAAUGUCAGCAUUUUUAUAGAAGGGAAUACAUUACAUAGAAGACGUACCAGGUUGAUGUAAAAGCUGUUUUAUUAUUUUAACAUAAUCAUUUUACGUCAGAAAUUGAUCAUUAGUAGACAUGACAACCAUCAUAUCAGUCACACAGUAUGUAGUCUUUUGUGUCGUGGUUACACUGAAGCAGUGUUUUGGUGUGUGCAUGUGUGAGUGUGCGUGUGCACGUGUGUGUGCGGCAGCUUGCCUUCUUAUGUGUACAUGUGCGUAGGUGUGUAUAUACAAGCAUGCAGUGUGACAUACAUACAUGUUCAAUCAUACAUCAUACAUAGAUACAUAAAUAAAGUACUUACAUAUGCUGAUGGUAUUAACAUAGAGAUACUUAAUCUCUAAUGCUUCUUUUUGUGCGGUACAUUCAAAUUUUUUCUCUCUUUUAUGGUUUUCUGAAUCCAUGAAUUUUUCCCUCUUUGUCAUUUCUUCUGGUUAGUCUUAUUCUUUUUAACCUUCUAGGGAGCUUUAUGCCAGUAUUAUCAUUUUUAUUAUUAUAAUAACUAAUUAACUAUUCAUGGUCAUUGGGUUGUAAGGGGCAUUAUGCAUUUAGUCAGUUUUCUUGUCAGCUUUGCCUUUUAUAACAUGAAGAAAUUUUGAAAGUACACAUUUUAUCAGAAAAUUGUAUGACUAACAGAGUAAAGUAUAAUAGAUAAUACAAGGUAUACAUAGAGACAUCUUUAUUAUACACUUUCCCUCGCGAAGAGGAAAGUGUGCUGGGGGAUAAACUCGGGUCAUUUUACACAAGCCUUAUUUUUUUGCAUUUAUGUGUUCGAGGCAGUUGUUUAUUUUCUCCCAGUCCACCUUUUCUCUCCUUGACGUAGAGUGAUGCUUCAGAUUGGUACUUAAAGGGUUGAUAUUGUAUUUAUGGAGAAUUCGGUGAAAGAGCUUAUCAGAUGUUUUGGGAAUAUUUUAUGCAGAUGUGAGAACGAGAUUUGAAUUCGGUAUUUCAAGUUUAUGGCAACUUAUUAGUGACAAAACUCAUUUUUUAAUUGUAAUUUUAUUAUUAUGUUAGGAGUGGG